CGCGCCGCACGAUGGCGAGGUCGAGACCGGCACCGUGGCGCUGCUCUACGCCGGCCUGACGCUCGUCAACGCGAUGCGCGCUUUCCGCCUCCUCCUCCUGUCCGCCCUGGGCCGCUCGGUGCUUUGGACGAGACGGGUCUGACUCGCCCGCGCUUUGCUCCGCCGUAGGCACGCGCUCGUCUUCUUCGAGCUGCUCGACCGGAUCGGCGCCGUCUCUUCGGCGGUGAUGAAGGGCGUGCAGCUCGUCCUCGUCUUCGCCUUCUCGGUCCUCUUCUUCUGCCGCUACCAGGCGUCGCAGUGCUUCUCGUGGCCAAAGGCGAUCGGCGUCGCCACCGUCGUCGCCGGGCUGAUCACCUACGCGGCCGGCGCACGAGACUCGCGCCGCCAGGCGGAGCGGCAGCGGCGGUGCAUCUACUGCGAGGCGCCCAGCACCGAGUGCGUGUGCACGAGCACCGAGUCGACCUGCAUUUUGGGGGCGCGUGGUGUCUAGUCUCUAGAGCCGUUUCGCGUUUGUUUAAUGUUUUCCCGCGCCGGGCACCUUCCGCCCGGGAGAAAGGAC